AAUCCCUCCACCACACACAUCUACCCACAGCCGCCGCCUCCACAGCCAAUCCAUCCAACCUCUUCUUCCUCCUCCCGCUGCUCGCCCCCCUUCAUUCCUCCAAACCCUAGCGCAAACCCUAAUGUCCACCACCGCACACCCUCCUGCCUCCCUCUCAGGGGACUCCUCGCCGACUACCUCCGGCUCAUUCUCCCCCUCCUCCUCCGCCGCCGUCGCUGGCUCCGAUGAGCCCGCGCUUCUCGGGCAAGCCACCUCGACUUCCACCCCCUCUGCUGCCGGGGAUGACGCCACCGUACCCUCCUCGCCCCAAAUGGGCAUGUACUUCGAGACGGAGGACGACGCCUACGAGUUCUACAAGGCAUACGCCGCCCGCCUUGGCUUCGUCGUCCGCAAGUCCAACAAGUCCAAGAACUCCCGGCACACCGUCACCCGCCGUCUCUUCGUCUGCUCCAAGCAAGGUUUCCGCCAAGAACCCAAGAAGCCUCAAGAUGAGACCAACGCCACCGACGUCACCGUUGCUGCACCGCCACCGCCUCCUAGGUGCCCGGACUCACGCACCGGCUGCCUGGCGUCCCUCACCAUCAAGCUACUCCCUUCGGCCAAUGCCUUCCGUGUCACUGAGUUUGUAGCCCAGCACAACCACCCGCUCGCCUCUGCAGUGUCCGCGGUGUCACUGGCAAUGAUUCCGUCAAGUUCUUCGCAUCACACCAUUGCCGCUGCGGCAAGCUUGCCGGACCCAAGGGACGGGCCACGCCCAGAGAUGCACUUCGAGACGGAAGAUGACGCCUAUGCCUUCUACAACCGGUACGCCGAGCAUGUGGGUUUCAGCGUCCGCCGCUCAUACAAGAAGCGCAAGCAUGGGGUGAUCGUGUCUCGUAUCUUUGUUUGUUCCCGUGAGGGCGUCAGUGACCGUGCCAAGCAUGAUGGCCUAGCCAGUAUCAGCGCCAAUGCUGGUGGAGGGGCACCAGGCACACCUAGGCCAGGCCCACCACCAACACGAACAGGUUGCCAGGCAAGAAUGGUGAUCAAGAUCACCCCAUGCCGAACAUACCGGGUUGCUAAAUUUAUUUCGGAGCAUAAUCACCCACUCGCUAACUCAGAGACCGUGCACAAGCUGCGGUCCCAUAAGAUGAGGGCUCGAGGGCACGAGCUUGGCCCAGGGGAACUGCAUCGAAGGAAGCAGGGAAAGGGUGUGCAGCUUGGGGAUGCUGGUGCUGCAUUGGAAUACUUGGAAGGGUUGCAGGUGGGAAACCCUUCACUGUAUUAUGCAGUAGGAAUGGCACCUGAUGGGAAUUCAGCUGUAAAUUUCUUCUGGGCUGAUGCAAAGUCAAUCAUCGACUUCAGAAGCUUUGGUGAUGUCGUUUGCUUUGAUACAACAUAUGGGCUGAAUGUGUAUGGGCGACCAUUUGCAUUGUUUGUUGGUGUGGACAACCACAAGCAGUUACUCGUGUUUGGUGCAGCCUUGCUCUAUGAUGAUGGCAUCCAGUCACUGAAAUGGGUAUUUCAGGCGUUUGCUGAUGCCAUGCGUGAUAGGCAGCCAAAGACUAUUCUGAUUGAUGAGCGUUCUGAAUGUUCCAUUGCAGCAGCAGAGGUCUGGCCUGGGAGUAACCAUUGCACAAGCGUGUGGCAUAUAUACCACAGUUCAAAGAGGCACUUGAAGCAGGUGUUCGAAAGCUCGAAAAGUUUUGGCAAUGCUUUGAGCCAGUGUCUCUUUGACUGUGAGGAUAAGAUGGAGUUCUUGUCUGCAUGGGAAAAGCUAAUUGAGAAACAUGACAUUGGUGAGAGUGAAUGGCUCAGCAGACUAUUUCUAGAGAAAGAAAAAUGGGCUCUGCCUUAUAGGAGAACUGUGUUUUCUGCUGAUAUUCUCAGUACUCUUAGAAAGGAUAGUAUGAUUAAUGAGCUAAAACGGGAGCUCAGUGAGCAAGAAGAUAUUCUGCUGUUCUUCAAGCGUUAUGAGACCAUACUGGAAGAGCAUCGCUCAAAGAAAUUGCAGGCUGAUGUUGAUGGAAAUCAGGUGACUUUGCCAAUCCCGUCCUUGCGAAUGUUAAAACAAUCUUCAAAUGCAUAUACACCUGAAGCUUUCAAGAUGUUCCAGGGUGAGUUUGAGGCUUACAUGAACUGCAUGUCCUUCCCCUGCAGUGCGGUUGGGACAGUGUCAGAGUACAAAAUAACACUUGAUGAGAAGCCAUUAGAGGCCAUUGUGAAAUUUGAUGCACUAGAUGGCUUGGGCACUUGCAGCUGCAGGAAGUUUGAAUCUGUUGGAAUCCAGUGUUGUCAUGUACUAAAGGUACUUGAUCUCAAGAAUAUCAAGGAGCUCCCAGAACAAUACAUUUUGAAGAGAUGGAGGAAAGAUGCCCGCUCUGUUAGAAUGGGAGAAGAACCUAACUGUGGAUCUAGCAGUAUCAUGCGGUCAUCUUUGGAUGUUCGCUUCUCUAACAUGUGCCGUAUGGUUAGCCUUAUAGCUUCAAGGGCCGCCAAAUCUGAGGAGGCAAUGUCAUACAUUGAGAGUCAAUCAAGCGUUCUUCUGAAGCAUCUGGAUGAAAUUCUACAGACAGGCUAUCCUGAGAAUGGAAACCAUGAUGUUGCUUCAAGUAGUCAAGCAAUUUCUUUUGUAGGAAAUCAUCCUGACCAUACAACACAAGCAAGAGCAGUUGCACAUACAGCGAAUGGUAUAAUGUUUUAACAUUCCAACUCAUUAUAGUUUAGCAUGUUAUAAUAGAGGGGGCAGAUUGUAGGUUGCGAGACUCCUAAAUUGGACUGGUGGAUGCUUGGAGGGCAGGCAUCAAAACUAUGUUGAAUUUUAAUUUAGUCUCUUGUCCUCUGUGUUGUUACCAACGUGUUUCAAGUCUCUAUUUUCUAGUCAUGUGAGGACUUCCAUGAUACACCAACAUGGGGAGAAGACCACCACAACCGGCGGACAGGCUAGGGGCAGUGAGGCUAAGGGCUGGCGUCCUGGCUAUGCCCUGCCCAUUAUGUUAGGAGAUACGAGAUUGUGUUAAUUUAAGGACUGACAUCCUUGUUGGGAAUUUCUGCUUAUCCUGAAUCCAGUGGACAAUUGAAAGGUUCAGUCGGUUCCUUGUAGUUUAGCCAAAUCUAUGUUGAAGUAUGGCUAUGUACAGUACUUAUAUGUUGCCAUGUUGAUGUAAGCAAGUAUAUCCUGAAGACCUUGCUGUUUCCAAUUUGGUAAGACUGGUGCUAAUUAUAAUCAAUUAUUAUAAGAGUAUGAUUUUUUUGACUUCAUUGCAUUUAUUCCAUGAAAUGUGAUGAUUGGUUGAUCAAUGAUCUCUAUCUAAUAAACAAGGACUGGUGUCUUUUGAAGACAGUUGGAGAAGAGCUGCUAAAUUACUCGUGCUAUAUUUAUUCUCCCAUGUGCAAUUUAAAAAUGCACACAGACUAGACAGCUGCACUUGCAUGCCAGAAUCAUUUAUGUCCCCUGCUGUCCAGUUCUGCGGUACUCCCUCCGUUCCACAAUGUAGUGCGCCCGCGCUUCCCGAGGUCUAAGUUUGACCAUAAAUUUAACCAACGAGACCGACUGCGGCGGGAGCAAAAAUCAUACCACUGAAUUCGUAUUUUUGCUCCCACUGCAGUUGGUCUCGUUGGUUAAAUUUAUGGUCAAACUUAGAUCUCGGAAAGCGUGAGCGCUCUACAUUGUGGAAUGGAGGGAGUAUUAUGUUUGUCAGAACUAGCCAUUUCUGGUCACCACUGCGGGAAGCUCUGCUGCUAAACAGCAUCCUUAUGGACAGGGGGCCAGUUGGCAUGUCUGGUUCACAGUCUGCAUCCAGCCAUCAACAGAAUUGGGGUAAUAUGCCGCUUCUGACACGGUGAAGUUUGCGUCUACAAACACCAUGGAGAGGAAAGGCAGCUGAAAAAACAUAGAUGUGAGAUGACAAUGAAGUGGAAGAGCCAUUUGUGGUAUGGGGAUGCAGCAACAAGUUUUGGAAAUGGUGCAUGCAAGAGGAAGAUGGAACCAUGUAUAUUUAUAGCCGCUGUGGGUUUCUCAUGAGUCAAGAUUUGGAAACCUUUGCCCUUCGGUUUUGAAUGGCUGAGACAUGGGAUUGGAGACAUUUUUCUCUCUGGUGUAUGUGUACCUGCAACUUCUUGUUCAUCCUAUGCUGCAUAAGCUAUAGUUCAUGUAAAAGAGUAUUUUGGCCUUUUGCACCUCUUUGUACUAUAUACUUAUCCGGCCUGUUUGAAGAUAUUGUUCUGUGGACUGGUGGA